AUGGAGCCCCGGAUUCCCCACAAUAUCACCGUUGUCCCCAACUCUGUGAUGGUCCAGCCCUUGCUGGACAGUCGGAUCCCUUAUGGGCGUCUGCAGCAUCCGCUCACCAUCCUGCCAAUCGACCAGAUGAAGACCACUCACAUAGAGAACGAUUACACCGACAACCCCACCGCUUCCCAGCUGGCAGCCCAGAAGCAUCCCCGAGGCCCCCACGAACUGCACCUGCAGCGCUGCGAGCAGGAUGUCACCCACCCCUGGAUCUCGUUCAGCGGGCGCCCCAGCUCCAUCAGCAGCAGCAGCAGCACAUCUUCAGACCAAAGGCUCUUGGACCACAUGGCCCCGGCGCCCGUGGCAGAGCAGUCCUCAGCGGUUCGCAUUCAGCCCAAGGUGAUUAACUGCAAACCCCUGGACCUGAAGGGACCCGUGUCUCAGGAACUGGACAAGCACUUUCUCCUGUGCGAAGCCUGCGGGAAAUGCAAGUGCAAGGAGUGUGCGCUGCCCCGGACUCUGCCUUCGUGUUGGGUGUGCAACCAAGAGUGCCUCUGCUCGGCACAGAACCUGGUCAACUACUCCACCUGCAUGUGUCUCGUCAAGGGCGUCUUCUACCACUGCACCAACGAGGACGACGAGGGCACGUGUGCCGACCACCCCUGCUCCUGCUCCCACUCAAACUGCUGCGCCCGCUGGUCCUUCAUGAGUGCCCUCUCCCUGGUGCUCCCUUGCUUGCUCUGCUACCUGCCGGCCACUGGCUGCGUCAAGCUGUCCCAGAGAUGCUACGACCAAGUGAGCCGGCCCGGGUGCAGGUGCAGGAACACGAACAGUGUCAUUUGCAAGGCAUUGCCGGAGAGCAAAGCAAGCAGACCAGAGAAGCCCUUUUGAUAGUUUGGGAGGAUGGGAAGGGUGCUCC